AUACUGAGACAACUUUUCAAAACAACAACACGCUCAACCGCAGCUCACUAGCUACGUUAGUAUAUUUACAUGUACAGGUAAUAGUUGGCGAAGUUAAACCAAAUAUACGGAUUACUGCGCUGUGAACGUUUGUUCCAUGAAUAUUUCUAAAUUGUACAAGAAGAACUGUCAUGUUUCAGGCGAGGAUGAUUAGAGCUAGGGCAGUACGUCAUGCACGAAGAUUUUUUCAUCACCAAAAAGACACUUUUGCAUGUGAACGAAGAUGUCGUCACGGUUGCCUUCCGGUUUCAACUCUAGCUCAGCGCCAUAACAGCAGUGGCCGUACUGUGAAUGCAUUCGCAGAGGAUGACCUACUUCACAAGAAAGGUCUACUGGUCCAGGGGGCUGAUGGAAAGUCGCCUCCUGUAAUCGACUUUAGCAAAGCAGAAAUCAUCUUCAAGCAGAAAGCAACCCUGGAGCUGGGAAGGAGCUUUGUGGUGCUUCAAAUGUGUAGCUUCAACUUUUUGGUUGAUAACAGUUUCAAGCUGAUGACCCUUGGCCUUCGGGUGAUGGGUGAGACUCUCUUCACAGCCCUCAUGAGGGCAUCCUUUUACGGCCAAUUUGCGGCAAGUCCGCAGUCGGUCCGGCAGGUAGCAAACAAGUUCAACGCUGCUGACAUCGCACCUAUGCUGGCCACAACUGCUGAAGAGAAAGUGGGAGAUAGCCCAGAUGCCAUAAAUGAGGAAAAGUAUGAGAGGAACGUAGAAACUAUGCUACUGUGCCUUGACAUGCAAACUGAAGUGGCCCGGCCUAAUCAGCCAAUCCUUUCUCAACUCAGAAUAACAUCUUAUAUCAAGGCUGAUCUUCUGGCCAGACUCUCGGACAUUCUUGCAACGAUGGAUAAUAACUUCUUGACGGACAACCCUGUUUGUGUUGCCAAUUUGAUGAAUGGACUGGAUGGCGACUUAAUGGAUAUUCCAGAGCUGACAGACAUGGAGUUAACCCAUCUCAAGCAUGCUCUUAAGAGAAUUGAUACUGUUGUUCAGAGAGCAAUACAAAAUGGGAUCAAGACUCUAGUGGAUGCUGAGUAUGUGUCUGUCAAUCAAGCGAUGUCCCUCAUCACACUUGCUAUAAUGAAGAAAUACAACAGCAAGGAGCCUCUGGUAUGGAACACAUACCAGUGCUAUCUGAAGGAUGCUCUGGUGAACUUGAAGAGGGGUGUAGCCGUGGCAGAUGCGGAGGGGUUUCAGUUUGGAGUGAAGGUGGUGAGGGGGGCGUACAUGGCACAGGAAAGGGAGACUGCUAGAUUAGAAGGCCUGCCAGACCCUGUGAAUGAUACCUAUGAAGAUACCAACAACAUGUAUGACACAGUGGUGGCACAUCUUUUGGAUCUUGUCCAUCAGCGUAGCAGCAACAGCGUUAAUUUGAUCAUCGCAACCCACAACAUAGAGUCAGUGAGCAAGGCAAUGAAAAGGAUGUGGGAACUGGGCUUGCCACCAAGAGAGGGCAGUGUUGUCUUCGGUCAGCUGAUGGGAAUGUGCGACCAUGUUUCGUAUGGGCUAGGACAAGCUGGAUAUCUGACGUACAAGUCCAUUCCAUUUGGCUGCAUGGAGGAUGUGCUAGCCAACAUGUCAAGACGCGCCCAGGAGAACAAGACUGUCUUCCAUCGCUUGAAGCAGGAGAAGAAGAUGCUGAGACAGGAGAUAAGCCGUCGAACUCUCUCCAUCAGUCAAUAAGGGGGUAACCAGAUUCUUUCUCAUAAGCCUGUACUGGUGCAGAGCCAUCUAUACACAGAGUUUGGCCAACCCGGUUCAAGUUGGACACAAUAUGGCGACUACUGCUUUGUUGGGCAAGCACAGAACAUAAGAAUAUACAUAAGAAUAUACGCCAUAUACGCCAUGUUGUGACCCAGUGAAACCAAGUUGGCCAAACUCUGUGUAUAGAUGGCUCUGCUAGUAGAUCUCCUCUAGUGCCAUCUUGAGUCAGCUUCAGCACCAUGCAUGUCCCGUAACUGGCCUCUUGGUUCUUGCAUCUAGUAUUGGGUAUUAGGUAUUGGGUUAUGCACUAUUAGCAAAUUAACCAUGAGAUGGCACUGUGCAUUAACCCUAAAAAGACUGGGGAGCUGAUUAAGCCCCCUCCCCCCUCCUCUAUUUUGGCGAUUCCUUCCUAAUGCUAAAAUAUUUUACAGUGCCAGUUCAUGACUUUUAUCCUUAUAGUCUUGUGCAUCUUUUGAUAUCAAAUUCACGCCCCCUGGUCGACAGUCCGGGUGUUAUGUAACAUUUUGCAAUCAUGUGUCACUGAAAUUUUUUUUUUUUUUUUAAAUUCUCAUAACAUACAGAGUUUUUAGAUGCACCUUUAAUGUUACAGUUUUAUUCCCAUUUGUGCACAUGUACUGUUCGUAUUCCCAUUUGGCAUGGUGAAUAAAACUUAGUGCAUUCUCAUUUGCAUAAAACAAUACAAUGUAUAAAGAAUAAUACAAAGAAAAACAAAGAAAAAGGUAAAACUGAAUUAAUUUUCAUGAUUAAGACAAAUAAACUCGCACUGUUGCUGAAGGAAGUAAAAUGUCUUUCAUGAUUUCACAUAAAAUCAUCACCAAAGCAUGUGUUCAUGAUAUAAUAUGACAUCAUAAUUAUUCAUUAUACUCUUUUAAAAAUCUUUUUUUGUGUAAAUAUAAUCUUAGCAUGUUUAUUGUACCGUGAACAGUUUUGUUUCUUAAGAAUCACUAUAUAUUAAGAAAAAUACAAAAUACAAUUUGUGCAUAAUUAAAUAGAUCUAAUUAGCAUAUUCAAUAAUAUAAAAAAUAUUUUAACUAUGCAAUAUUGUAGAUCUCAUGGACUUCUAUCACCAUUUGAAAUUUGGAAUCGAUCAGAGUUUCGGUGGCCAAGAUCUUUAGCCCCCCCCCCCGCCCACAGUUUUUUUAAAGGUUCAAAAUAGCCUGAGCCAAUAUUCAUCACUUCAGUAUCGCUUUAUAAACUGCCAUAGCAAAAUGACAUAAACAUAAUUGCCUCACAUUUUGUGUACUUUAUAAUACACAGGUAAGUGAGGACAAUAAGAGGCCUUUGUAAUGCUAAUCCUUUUCUGUUCAUGGCCACUUGCCACUCAUCUGCACGUCAGGUUUAGUAUUCUAUAGAGUACAUAUGUGAGAGGUAUUUAAUGACAAGUUGGGGGAAAUUCUUUGUGCUUUCAAUGUUUUGACACUUUCUUCUAUGUGUAGUUUAUACUGCAGCACAGGAACAGCAACAAUCCCUUUCUUACAAGUGAUGUUUGAAGAAAACAAAUUCAGGGAAAGCUACUAAAUUUGUUUUGUAUUUUCAUGAUAUUCUGUAAAUAUUCUUAAUCUUUGAGAUCUAUUUUGUCCUAUCUUCUGCAUUAUGAUAGUCAUUAUAGUGGAUACCAUCAUUAUAUUCAUCAUUGUUAUCGUCAUCUUCAUUACCAUCAUCACCAAUUCACUUUUGUCAUUAUCAUCAUCAUCAUCAACAUCAACCCAUCAUCAUUGUCAUCAAUAAUGUCAUCAUUACUACCGGCAUCAACUUCAUUACCGUUAUCAGCAUCAUAAUUGCCAUCAUCAUCAUCAUCAUGCCACCAACAUCAUCAUCAUCAUUGCCACCACUAUCUUCAUCACCACCAUUACUGCAUAAAUAUGUAACAGUCAAUAACAUAUACAUUUUAUUUUCGUAAAAUAUAAAGCCAAGAGGAGCUGUACUUUGCCUCAAUCAUGCAAUGGCAAUUAAUAAAUAUGGUAUUUUAUGAUGAUGUGAUUCCAGGUCUAUUGCUUAAUUAUACUGUGAUAACUUUUUGCAGUGCCUUUACCAUUAGUGUGAUGGCAUACUGUAUAACAGCUGUGGGGGAGUCUCUGUUUGAUGGCAUACUGUAUAACAGCUGUGGGGGAGUCUCUGUUUAUGAACAUAGUAUUUUAAACAUCAUGGCAUCUUGUCAUUUGUAUAUACAUGUAUUACAGGUGUAUGUUAUUUUAGAAUGCAGAGAUGAACACACUAUCAAGACUGGUAUGAUUUGACAGGUUUUCCACAGGUAUAUUGGCUUAAAGGGCCACUCUAACCAAAACGGGCUAAAAAUGAAAAAAAGACAUGUACAAUAAUUUUUGACGGAGAUUCCGAACAUGACAAGAUUUAGUCUUAGAAUCAUCAAUAAUUCUGGAAUCUAGCUUUAAAAAUGACGACUAAAAAAGAAUGCUCAGAAAAAAGCCCAGUUUCGGUGAUGACGCAUUUGACGUCACUGCAGGCGCCUCUCCGGUGAAAAGGCAGAUGAAUUAGGCAUUAAAAUGUCUUUAAAAAGGCAAACUAUGAGA